CGUAUUAACAAUUAUCAAGGGCAUGGGAAAAUAUUUGUUGAAAACAUACUGUUCCUCUUUACCAAUACCCGAUCAACUCAAUACGCACCGGGAGAUACCGGACCCGCAUUGAUAUCGCUAUUGGACCAAAUCAUAGAAAGCCCGCCGUAUGUGGGCAUAGAGUACGACAAGAAAACAAUCUAUUGCUUCGACAACGAGGCCUUUCGGUUUGCAGUGGCGUCGGCACCGCCUAAUAAUAUGGUGUUUGAUGACAUGCUAACACAUCAGUCAAAGAAUGCAAUAGAUUAUUGGAGCGCAUAUUAUCACUGCCCUAAGGCGAUGGACACCCUAUCUCUCAAUGACGCCAAACAAAAUAUACUGCUAUUGACUCAACCAUUGGCUGACAUCGCGAACAAUAUCUCUCAUAACGUGAAGCAAUGCGAACGACACAAACAACGAAUCCAUGAGUUCACGGGUGAUUUAACAGCCCUGGAAAAGGAACUGUAUAUCCCUUCAGUGGACAUCGAAACCGAUCCAUUAGAUCACCCGAAGACUGUCUGCAGUGACAAAAAUUGUUGCACUCAGGAGAACAUUAACGGAAACAUUAAGACCCAUUAUACGACCAGUUGCCAUUCACCAUGCUACUUGACACAUAGUGAUGGAAACAUUGUAGGCAAUAAUGGUUUACUUGAGUCAGGCAUUCAAUAA